CAUAAUAGCGUGUAUUCCAGCGUGCAGACUGGGCGUAUGUGCCAGAGUGGUCCUUAUUACGUUUUACAGUGUGAUGCAUUAAUGCAUGAGUAAGCCGUGGUUCAAACCAAUCAGCGCGCUAUUAUGUAUGCGCUUCAUUAAUAUGCAUGAACUAGAUAUAAUGGUAGACUCGUUUUACCUGUUACAGUGUUGAGAGUCAGACUGCAGCGAUAGCCUUAGUUUAAACGAGAGAAAGAGAGAAAUAAUAAUCAUUUUUUGGAGACAUGGGUCGUCGGUGUUGCGUUUGUAAUGUUGCCGCCACGCAGUUUUUGUUUCCUUUUCCCCGUGAUGAGAGUAAAGCUCGCGUGUGGACCUAAGCAGUUGGAAUACAGUGGUGUUUUACAACGCGACAAAAAUACCUUUGUAAGGAACAUUUUUCACCCGAGAGUUUUUCCAAUCUGGAAAUGGUAAAAUCUGGAUUUGCCACUUGUCUCAGGUUAAAAAAAAACGCAGUUCCGAGUGGUUUUCCUGCCUCUACAGAUUCGGUAAGUGUAAAUACUUGUAAAUACAUGACUUACUGCAAUGACUAGCAUUACUAAGUAUUUUACAGUAAUUCUACAAUACUACAGACUGUAAACGGUUGGUUUUCAUUUAAUCGUGUCUGUCCGGUGUCUUUUAGACGGUUGUGCAACAGUUCAGUUCGCCAUCUGAAUCAGAAAUGCGGUGUGAGGUGGCGUGCCAGACCGAUGUAAACACAACCGAUGUAGCAUGCCAAACCAACGCUGUUACGUCCAUCAAACAUACCAGCACACAAUGCAGCUGGAAACCAAAACAAAGAAGCAAGAGCAUCCAGGUUAAACAGCGUAAGAAGGAUGUUAGCUGUAACGUUAGCACAGUCAUGUUCAACACAUCGUUCGAAGAACUUCCUCUUGCCGUUUCAACCCCUGUAAAAAGGUCCAGAUCUACGGCUAUAGAUGACAUUACGUUCAACCCAGAUGAUACCAACCACACCAUCUAUAAUGAGAGUACUGAAAUAGACACACCACAUUACAAAAUGAGAAAAUUUAUAGUUUACGAAGAAAACAUCAUUGCGCUCUUCAGGCAGUGUCCUAUCUGCACCAAAAGAUGUGUUAUACACAGUAGGACAGUCGGAUCUCUUUUAUUUGUGGAUCAGGUCUGCACACACUGUGAGCAUCGUAACACUUGGACCAGUCAGCCGUAUGUUGCAGACAUACCAGCAGGAAAUAUCCAGCUGGCUGCAGCUGUACUUUUUAGUGGAGCAUCGUUCUUGCAAGUGGAUAAGGCAAGGCUAUUUUUAUUUAUAUCCCUCUGUGACCCUUGUUUUCUGCUGCAGUUUAAGUAAUAGUUAAUUUUCUAUGUGUUCGCAGUUGUUUCAGGUAUACAACAUAGCAGGGAUUAGUCACACGACCUACCUAAAACAUCAGCGGAAUUUACUUUUUCCCACAAUCAAUUGGUUGUGGAAUGUGGAACAAAGUACAGCUGUUCAACAUACAAUCGCGAAUGGAGACACCAUCUUUGGCGGGGACAUGCGGGCCGACUCUCCAGGGCACAGUGCAAAAUAUGGUACCUAUUCUGUGAUGGACCUGAAAGCAAACCGAAUAGUGGACAUUCAGCUUAUCCAGAGCAAUGAUGUUGGCAACAGCCAACGCAUGGAAAAAGAGGGACUGCACCGAUGCCUGCAAGAGCUGGAGCGGAGAGGGGUCAAAGUGAAUACACUUAUAACAGACAGGCAUCCUGCUGUCAUGAAGUACCUCAGGGAAAGCAGGCCUGAUGUUUUGCACAAGUUUGACGCGUGGCACAUGGCAAAAGGUCUGAUUUCAUUGUACAUUUUGUUUCAUUUGUCAUUACGGUGUUUGUCAUUCUGCUGCAUUUUUAUCAAUGGUUUUGUAGGUGUUGCAAAAAAAAUAGACCAACUUGGCAAGCUGAAGGUUUGCAGUGAGGUCAUCACUUGGAAAAGGAGCAUUGUAAACCACCUUUACUGGUGUGGUGCAUCUUCCAGCACAGGCAGUGAAAUAGUCGCCAAGUGGAAGUCGGUUGCCAACCACAUCCAGGACAUACAUGAACAUGGUGGUGAAUUUCCAAAAUGCCUCCAUGAGCCUUUGGUGGGAGAACAAGCAAGACAGUGGCUAAAACCAAGUACAUCUGCAUGUGAAAAACUGAGCAACGUCAUCCUGGCUCCAAGACUACUUAGAGAUUUACAAAAGCUUAGCGGGGAGUACCAAACCUCAUCACUGGAGUCUUUUCAUAGUUUGCUUAUUCGGUUUGCUCCAAAGAGUGUUGCAUUUUCCUACGUUGGAAUGCUGUGCAGAUCACAACUGGCUGCCAUGCACUACAAUGAAAACAGCACAAGGAAACAGGCCACAACUGCUACAGGACAGCUACGAUGGCACAUACAGUAUCCCCGGUACAAAAAGGGUGAAUGCACAGUGAGGCCAAUAAAGAUUACAACAACUUACGGGUAUGUUGACAGGCUCCUGCAGCUAUUGUUUGACUGUGUGCUAGAGCAGCCCCAGCUGUUCCAGGACAAGCUUUUGCAAAUUCAAGUUCCUGAACACCUCUGCACACAGUAUGGACGACGAGAGAAGCAAAAGGCUGUGGCAUUGCAUACGUCUAGAUAUAAGUCCACUACAAAAUAAAACAUUUCCACCGCAAAAUAAAACAUGUACUACCUUUUAUAACUAUUUGCACUCUGGUACACUUGGACUCGUAGAGUAUUUUUUUGUAUUGCAAGAGUCAUACACAAAGUUAUCACCACACUGAUUGCCCCCUCACGACCGGACAAAGUUUCUACAUCCAAGAAUUUUGCCGGUUCCUGUAAGAACUUCCACAACAAAUAAAAGAUGCAUCUACGUGUAUAACUAUCUGCACUGUGGUGACCGUAUUUCCGAGUUGGUUUUGAUAGUACUGCACGUAUUUACAAUUCUGAAGAUGUGUUUCUUGACGCAAGACUGUAACAUUUUGUACAUGCACACAGAUUAUUAAAAUAUUUUUAUAUAUUUGCAGAGAAAACA